CAUUGGUUCGCGUCGGUCGUUUAACAGCGACGUCAACAUGGAUUUUGAAGAAAUUAACUCAUCAGGUGUAAUCUCAUCUUCUGAGGAGCAAACGUGGACGCUAGCUCACCAGAUGGUGCAUUUCUUCUACAACCGGCAAGCGAUACCUAAAGAUGCAUGGGAAAUUGAGUUUUGGCAAAUGUUCCGCAUUUUCCAUCCCGAUGUAGAGCUCGAUGCGAAGGCACUGCGUGCGUACUUCUUUCAGGUAGUGAUGCGCAAUGCGUCCGCCCUGCAAGAUCUGCAGUAUACGGUGGUCCAGUACAUCAAUCCACUUUUAAACAAGAUCCGUGAGGAAGUGCUGGAGUUUCGGGAUGUUGUCGAGGGUACCGAUUAUGUGUACGAACACGAUGAGCCGGUUGCACCGGCCGUCAAUAAUGACGAACUGCCACCGUUGCGUUUGCAAGCAGGGUUCUCCCAGAGUCUUGCAUCAUUAUCACGCGCUACUAAGCGCUACAUAUCACCCAGUCGCGAGCAUAUUCGCAACUAUGUUGCCGCGGAUCUUAGCGAAAUCCUCUGGACGGGAGAUGAGAAGCAGACAAAACCUACCCUCGAUAUAAACGAGUCUUUGUUGCGGGCAGCCUUACUCACGAAGAAAAACAUCCCGUUGAAAAGCUGCAUCGAACCCGGUAUGGCAUGUUACGGUCGUUUGAAAAAUGCAGGUUUGAUCGAGGAACUGUCGGAAGAUGCUGAGCAAACGGACGAUACGGAAGGGUCUACGCCAGAGAUAGAACUGGCAGCUGCAGCUUCGACACCCAUCGCAGGAGCCAGCUAUUCGAAAGAUUACGAUUCCAUUCUGAAAUACAUUCGUAGAAAACGGCGUAAAGGCACUUUCAAGCAGCGCGCUAUGUAGUAAAGCUGUACAAAAUCUCGCUCUUUGAGCGUUGAUUAAUGAAUGCUACAGUUCCUAUCAGUUAGAAGUUGAAUUCAUACUUCCAAAGCAAUUGCAUUACAUGUAUUACAUAA